GUAACAGCAGCUUCAUUGCUACUCAAAUUGCCUCUCUCAUUGCGCAACCACUUCUCGACCUGCGAAUGCGCCUCCCGAUGUCGUCGACUCCAUAAACAUAACGCGCAUAAACCCUUUUCUCCCCAAUAUUCUCACACUGACCGCCAUAUCCUCAACCACAAUGGCUACACCACACAGCGCUCACCUGCGAAACUGGUUACUUUCACUGCCGCCUGUAGAAUGGGGCAUCCAACAACUGCGAGAAAUGCUCAUAGGCAGUCUGAAAUGCGGGCCAAUUCCAGAACACAUUGGCUUUGUCAUGGACGGCAACAGGCGAUGGGCACGGAAAUCUAAGGUUGAGACCGUGGAAGGACACCAUAUGGGCUUCGAGGCGCUGGCGCGAAUUCUAGAAGUCUGCUACAAGAGCGGUGUCAGAGUGGUCACCAUAUACGCUUUCAGUAUCGAGAACUUCAAGCGAAGCAAGUACGAGGUCGAUGGAUUGAUGGACAUGGCAAAAACGAAGCUCUUGCAACUCUCCCAGCAUGGCGAGCUGCUGGAUCGCUAUGGAGCGUCAGUGAGAAUUCUGGGUGACAGGAGUCUGAUUCGGAAAGACGUGCAAGACCAGAUCGACCUCGCCGUGGACAUGACCAAGCAUAACGAGGACGCCGUCCUAAAUGUCUGCUUUCCCUACACUGGUCGCGAGGAGAUCACGCACAGCGUACGAGAGACCGUCCGAGAGUUCAGCAGACCUCCCACGCGACCACAGCUUAAGAGGCCGUUCAGCGAGACACGUAUCCAGCGAACCAUUCUGAGUCGACAGUUACCAGAUGUCGCAGAAGAGGACUCCGCAAGUAAAGAACUUUCCAACACCACGUCUGACGCCGAUUCUGUGUCCGAGCAAGAUCUGGAGAACUCGUCAAAUCUUGAAGCCCCAUCGUCACAGACCUCACAUUCUACAUCACCCAUCCUCAAGCCCACCUCAAAAUCCGAGCAGACCCUACCUGAUCCCGAGAUGAUCAACGCGGAAAUUCUCACAAAGAAUACAUACACGGCAGAUGCGCCGCCUCUGGAUAUCCUUAUUCGAACUUCUGGCGUAGCGAGGCUUUCGGAUUUUAUGCUUUGGCAAUGCCACGAGAAUACCGAGAUCAAGUUCCUGGAUUGCUUGUGGCCGGAAUUGGAUCUGUGGCACUUUUUGCCUGUAAUUGUAGAAUGGCAAUGGCGCCAGAAGAAGUUGGCUGCCGAUGGAAACCCGGGCUCAGGCUCUUUGAAGACAGCAUAGAUUUGCUUUUGGUGUCCUGGCUGACACCCCAAAUCAUUAGCGAGCGGGCGGAUCACUUGUGCAAAUUUUUUCUAUAGAGGUUGUUUCUGUAUCAUGAUACCCUUCAAAUCGAGAACUUUAGUCCUGG